GCCUGAUCUUGAGUGGUCGGAGGUCUCCGGGAGUCCUCGGCAUUCUUCUUUCUCACUCACACACCCCAGCUUCACGCGUUAGGCAUCUCUCCCAACAGACGAAGUAUAUAUUACAAACCAUGCAAAGGCAAGUGAAAAUUCAAAUGACAGAGCAGAGCUAAAGAGCUUUAUACAGAGGCCCUUCCGAAGAGACAGAAGAUAUGCGGUCAAGCCCUAGAAGGAUUCCACUGUUUUCUUCUCUGCCCUGAAGAGACUUGGAAAUUAAAGGGUAACAUUUUGCAUAAAAAUUUCUGAAUGUUAUUUGCUCUUAUCUCUGAGGCCUUUUGUGAAGAAUUAACAGGAGGUUUAAUGCCCGAAUGGAUAAAAUGGAUCAUCUUAAAGGACUGAAGUUCCAAAAAUACAUCAGCAGGACUGGACAGCUCUGACAUAAUGAGAUUUCUAUUUUCGCUUACUUCUGGAACUCUGAAUAGACUAUAAACUGUGCUGCACAAGGUCUUGGGAAGGAAGUUUCUCUUCUAAAUUAUUGAAUACUAUAUAUUUAGUCAUCAAUUUCCUAAGGAAUAAGACUUAGUACUAACUUUUUAAUAUAUGAAGUGGGAGAAAGGGCAGCAAUUGGUGUCACACUGGAAAAGCAACUUAAUUAAAGAAACAAACCCCAGGAAGAGGAGAAAUCUCUGGAUAAGCACUGGGUGAGAUGGCAGAAGCUUCUGCAGAUGCCUCAACUCUGCCUGUAACAGUGAAAAAAAAGAAAAGUCUAUCCAUUGAAGAAAAGAUUGACAUCAUAAAUGCAGUAGAAAGUGGCAAGAAAAAAGCAGAGAUUGCAGCUGAAUAUGGAAUAAAGAAAAAUUCUUUGUCUUCUAUUAUGAAGAAUAAAGACAAAGUUCUAGAAGCUUUUGAAUCUCUGAGAUUUGAUCCAAAGAGAAAAAGACUGAGAACUGCUUUCUACACAGAUCUGGAAGAGGCAUUAAUGAGGUGGUAUCGAAUUGCUCAGUGUCUAAAUGUGCCAGUUAAUGGUCCAAUGUUGCGUCUAAAAGCUAAUGAUUUUGCCCAGAAACUGGGACAUAAUGAUUUUAAGUGCAGUAAUGGAUGGCUGGAUCGCUUUAAAUCCAGGUAUGGCUUAGUAUUCAGAGCUCAACCUGUGGAAGCUACAGGUGUAUCAGCAGACCCUUCAACUGUUUGGCACCAAAAUGUACUUCCUUAUUAUUUAAACGAUUAUCAUCCUAAAAAUGUUUUUAAUAUAAAAGAGACUGGGCUGCUUUAUCGAAUGUUGCCUACAAAUACAUUUGCAUUUAAAGGAGAAACAUGCUCAAUUGGAAAGUUAUGCAAAGACAGAAUAACUCUGGUGGUUGGGACAAACAUGGAUGGCUCAGAGAAACUUCCUUUGCUUAUCAUUGGGAAAAACAGAAAUCCACAUUGUUUCAAAGGUAUAAAAUCAUUGCCUGUGUAUUAUGAAGCUAACAAAAUGGCAUGGAUGACCUCAGAUGUAUUUGAACAGUGGAUGCGGAAGCUUGAUGAGAAAUUUCAAGCCCAGCAACGAAGAGUAGUAAUUUUUGUUGAUUCUUUUCCUGCACAUCCAGAGGUCAAGGACCUAAAGUCCAUUGAGUUAGCAUUUUUCCCAUCAUGUUUGUCUUCCAAAUUUAUAGCUAUGAAACAAGGUGUUAUUAAAAGCCUUAAAAUCAAAUAUCGACAUUGUCUUAUCAAGAAAUUUUUAAGUUCUGUUGAAGGCAGCAAAGAAUUUACAUUUUCCCUGCUAGAUGCAGUGGAUACCUUGCAUCUCUGUUGGAGGGCUGUAACCCCUGAGACCAUUGUCAAGAGCUAUGAAGAGGCAGGAUUCAAAUCUCAACAGGGAGAAAGCGACAAGACAAAUGCAGAGACUGACACUGGCCUCGAUUUGGUUGCCCACGCCCAGGCAGCAGGAGUGGAAUUUCCCGAAGGCUUAUCUAUAGAAGAGUAUGCUGCGCUGGACGAUGAUCUGGAGACGUGUGAAGCAGCACCGAAUGGUGACGAGGUAUGGACCAAAGACAGUGAAUCAGACGAAACUGGAUUUUAUGUUUCUGAUGAGGAGGAUGACGGUGGAUCUCUGGGAACUGAACUCCCUUUACCAUCAAAAACCGAGGCAGUAACUGCUUUAGAUACUCUUAAAAUUUUUCUUAGAAGUCAAGAUAUGAAUGAUGAGCUUCAUAAUUCUUUAGCAGACCUUGAAAUUUUUAUUAACUCUUUGUCAUCUAAGUAAUUAUUUAUUAUAUAACAUCUGAAGAGCAAUAGCUUUACCUGCUGUAUUUUACUAUAUGAGGUAUAAAAAGGGAAAAUACCACUUAAACAUAACAAAUGAAAAAUUACUAGUCUUUGGUUUAUUUGCAGAUGUCUUUGAUCUGAGUAGAAAAAUUCCCUAGGUAGAUUAAAUGAUCAUUAAGUAAAUGAAAAACUUGAAUUUCAAAUUAGCAAGCUUUUGGAAAGUAGAAAUGUUGUCAGAGGCCUUGUACUUGAGAGAUAUGGUAUAUAUGCUAAAAAUAAAAAAAUUCUCCAGCUGUCUGAUUUAUACAGGUUGAAUCGGUGAUUGCUAUUUCCUUUUUUUAAUGUUCAGAUUAUGUUCCAGAAUAUUUUAAUUUAUCUACCUCACCUGAGAAACAAAAUAUCUAUUAUUGCUUAGUUAUUUGAUUUUAAUACAUAUAUGCCACAUAUAACUAGACUCUUAAGUAUCAAGUAUUAAUUUUAAAUUACUUAAUUUUUCUCACAACUAGCUAAUCCUCCUAAUAUAAAAUUAUAAAAAACUACUAAAAAUAAAAUCUUACCCAAUUAUACACCAAAAUGAUUUCAAAUUUGUCUUAACUAUGUUCAAGUUAUUUCUACAUAAGGUCAAACAAAAGACUAUGACCUUGUCAGAUUCCUUAAAUGUAUAACCAGAAGAUGCUAUGGAUUCUUCCUAAAUACUUAUAUGUAUGUCUAAUAGCAAAGUACAUUAUUGAAACAUUUAUUAAACUCUUAAGAUAUUUAUAUUUUAAUAAGACUACUCUUAAAAGUAAAUACGAAGGUUACAUAUGCUGUUACUAGAAAAAAAAAUAACUUAUGUGAUUCUUAGUUUUCGAAGAACCACAUAACAGCUGAAGCUUAUAAUCUGUAAUAUUUAAUUGUUUUCUUGAUUUUACUGAAUUUUAUUUUUAGGAAAGACUGAGUUGUCCUUUCAGCGUAUUCUAAUGUAUUUAAUCCCUCCCUCCACCCCCAUAGUGAUAUUUUGGAUUAAAAAUCUGUUUGAGGAAGCUUUGUCAACAGAAUGUUUAAAAAUAUUGUAUAAAAUUAUUUACUCUUCAUCUAUAAAAGUCUUUAAAUAGUAGAAAUAUAACAAUGUGUCAAACUUUUCUAUUUUUAAAU